GAUCGAAUAAAGGCAGCCACCAUGUCGGCCGGCCAAGCUCUCUGCCAUGAACUUCCAUUGUCAUGGUCCUAAAGUUGCAGAACAGCUUCCCUUUCUUUAUCCAAAAGAAAAAGGAGGGAACAGCAAUUCAAAUCCCUUACUCUGUUCUUCAAAUUUCAAACCCACGCCUUUAAAAUCCCCUCGCCCCCACCACUUUUCCUCCAAUCCACGCUUCAAAAAUGGAGAAAUUCCCCAUCUCCGACCAAAAUUCCGACGUGGGUUUCAUGGAUCUAAACGACCAAUCCACCAUUUCUGAAACUUCCGGCCAGUCUCCGGCGAGCGUUUACUCUUUCUCUUACUCCAGAACCAUCUCCGAUGCCUCUGCUUUCUCCGAUAACAGUUUCUGCACUCCUCUGGCGAUUCCGGCGAGACAGGGCACUGGAAAAUACAAAAUAACCAACGGAGACAAGGUCGAUGAUCAAGACGCCAUGGAUUCCGAAAUGGAGAUGAUGAAGGAGAGAUUCGCGAAGCUUUUGCUCGGAGAAGACAUGUCGGGAAGUGGGAAAGGGGUCUGCACGGCGGUGACGAUUUCAAACGCCAUUACUAAUCUUUACGCGACGGUGUUCGGACAGAAUCUGAAACUGGAGCCGUUGUCGCCGGAGAAGACGGCGAUGUGGAGGAGAGAGAUGGCUUGUCUGGUCUCUGUUUGUGAUUACAUUGUUGAGUUCUUCACUGAAUCUCAAACUCUCCAAAAUGGAACAACAAUUGAGGUGUUGAGUAGUCGACAAAGGUCAGAUAUAUACCUAAACCUUCCAGCAUUGCAAAAGCUUGACAUGAUGCUCUUGGACAUUUUGGAUAGUUUUCGGGACACCGAGUUCUGGUACGUCGAAAAAGGAAGCAUGUCGUCGAACUCGAACCAUUCGAGACCUGGUUCGUUUCGCCGACUCCCACUGCAAAAGGAGGAGAAAUGGUGGCUACCAGUUCCCUGCAUUCCUUCAUGUGGUCUAUCUGAGAAGGCACGGAGACAUCUUCAAAAUAGCCGUGAAUGUGCCAAUCAAAUCCACAAAGCUGCUAUGGCAAUCAACAGUACUGUUCUAGCUGAAAUGGAAAUCCCACAAUCCUACAUCGAUACUCUUCCAAAGAGUGGAAAGGCAAGUAUAGGCGACACGAUAUAUCGCUACAUGUAUAGUGCAGACAAAUUCUCACCCGAACAUUUGCUCGAUUGCUUGCAAAUAGGAUCCGAACACGAUGCGCUUGAACUUGCAGACCGGAUUGAGGCUUCGAUGUAUACAUGGAGAAGGAAAGCAUGUCUAACCUACUCAAAGUCUUCAUGGGAAUUAGUAAAGGAUCUAAUCGCUGAAACCGGCAAGGGUGACAAGAACACUAUUUUAGCGGAAAGAGCCGAGACCUUACUUUUGUCUUUGAAACAAAGGUUCCCUGAACUUUCUCAAACGACGCUAGACACUAGCAAGAUUCAAUACAAUAUGGACGUGGGACAAGCAGUAUUGGAGAGUUACUCGAGAGUGUUGGAAGGAUUGACAUUCAACAUUGUAGCUUGGAUUGAAGACGUUCUUUUUGCCGAUAGGUCCCUAAGAAGCCAAGAGUAGAAUCCUUAGAAUUGACUUUUUUUUUUCUUGUUUUUUUAACUUUUACCGUAUAGAGAUGAAAGUGAAUAAGAUUU